CCGUCGCUCCCCGCCCUUCGAUUCUCCCAACGAAGUCCCUCCAAUCCACUCCGGCUGCCCCGACUCAAUCGCCCCUAUCCACCCCGAACCACGCCAGCACCCCCCCCUCCCUCCCCCCAUCCUCAUAACCCUCCUUCACCAUGGCCGGAGGCGCAGCCAAAUACCGCCAUCUGAGCCGCAAGUCCUCGCACCGUCAAGCCCUGCUCCGCAAUCUGGUCACCUCCCUCUUCCAGCACGAAUCCAUCACGACAACAUGGGCCAAGGCUAAGGAGGCGCAACGUCUGGCCGAGCAGCUCAUCACCCUGGGCAAGAAGAACACCGAGGCCAGUCGGAGACGCGCACUGGCGACUUUCUACACCCCCCACGAAAUCCUCCCCAAACUCUUCGGUCCCCUUCGUGAACGCUACGCCGAACGUCCCGGCGGAUACACCCGUGUGCUCCGCGUCGAGCCCAAGAAGGACGACCAAGCCCCCAGCGCCAUCCUGGAACUCGUCGACGGGCCGAAAGAUAUGCGCUUUGCGUUGACGGCGCGCGCCAUCGCGAGACAGCGCUCCAAGGGCUUCGAGACCCUCAAUGAGAUCGCUACCCUCAAUGUGCGCAAGGUGACCCAGUUCCGCAAGGAUGGUGUCGAGGAUCUGGAGCGCGAGAUUCAGCGCCUGGGCCUGGAGGGGAAUGAGAAGGAUGAGGCCAAGUCGAAGCCGAAGCCCGCGAGACGGUAGAUAUCAAUAAAUAAGUCUUGUGUUUGGUUGUUUGGCGGCUUGGGACGGGGAAAGGAGAGAGAGAGAGAGAGAGAGAGAGCAGGGAGGGCGCUGCUCUACUCUUGGUUUCUAGCCAUGGGUCAAGCUUGCUUGGGUGGUCCUUUUCUUUUUAUUUUUGUAUCUUUACUCUUUGACCACCGUGUGUUUUUCAUGAUUGUGUAAUUUUAGCUGUUGCCUGUUGUGUGUGCACAUUGUACCUCUUGGUGGUGUCGUUGGUUGGACUCCGGACAUUCCAACUGUAACUAUCUGACCGAAUGGGUACGACAAACCAGUGUAGGGCUUAUAGUACUAUUACUUGGUAGGC